GGCGAAAUGGCUGAGCGAAAAAAUCGGGCGGGCACUAAAGCUUUGAAGCGGACUCAAGGAUUUUGCGCUUGCCAAGACGGAUAUUGUGUUUUUUCGAAUUCCGUGCCUAGCACAAAGGAAGAAGGAAUCCUGCAAUUUACCAGCUUCUAUCUCUGUCAGCACCUUUCAAGCAUCAUGGCGCUUGUUUCAACAGCUUCAACUUCUCAAUGCAGCUGCUUACUUUCCCAGACAUCCUCAUGGGGCCCUCGGACUUGUGCAAACGUCACAAUUCGUCAGCAACUGCCCCAUGCUCCCGUGUUGCGCGGUGGCGCUUACAACUUUCACCAUCCUACUCGAACUGCAGGUGAAAAGUUGCGACUUCCUUUUAGUUUCUGGCAGCCCUCUUCUUUGAGACAACCAAUUGAACCCCUUCUGCGGCAGUUGGCCGCCAGCGAAGCGCCUGGUGCGGGAGUGGCUACGAGACACACCGGCAUGGUCAUAAACGCUAGCGCUUUCGCUCAGAGCUUGUCGAGGGGCCAAGAAACAGGGGACCAAGAGCAGGGGGCACUCACUCUCUCGAAUGUCCGCUUGUCGCUGGCGCCGGUCGACGACUUGAUUCCUGUUGAGAGGCGCUUGCCCGCCCCCAAGGAGGUUGGCGUGUAUGCCCUGGUCCCAGCAGCCCUUGGCCAAAAAGUGGCCUCAGAUGGAAACCCCUUUGGUCUACAAAGAAUGUCACAGGACGAUGCCAUGGAGUUCGCGCUCGGCGCAGCAACCGGAAAGCGCUCAGGCCCCAUUGACGGCCCUGGCUGGACGCUCCUAGACCCUGCCGCUUCAAUGGGGGCCAAAGGCUUUUCAUCAGCAGGCCCUCUAAUCAGCAACUCGCCCCGGCGCACUUUGCGAGUGGAAUUCACGUGCAACAAGUGCUGGGAGAGGACGACGCGAGCAAUCAACCCUCAGGCCUACAAGACAGGGACUGUCUUCGUGCAGUGUAAGGGGUGCAACGUGUACCAUAAGCUGGUCGACAACCUCAAGCUUUUCCACGAGCUGAAGGGACCCAUUUAUAGCCCUCCCGGACAGCUCUUCCACACUCCUUACGACCCAUUCAACACAAGCAAGCCUGGGGGCUUCGGUGGCCUCCCUUUCGUGUAGUCAGUCAUGAGAACGCAAGGGAUAAUCACUUCUCAAAGAGCUCGCAAUUUGUACAUUCAAGAUAUCGCUAGUUGUAAAUUUGCAGUUUGUACAUAGGAGCUAGCUGUAUGUCCGUAUUGGCGAACACCCUCGAACAUUUGUACAUACAAUCGUGUAGCUCCUGAAUGGGCAGAUCAGGCCCUAGGGAAUGGUACUAAACCAAAGAGGUGAAGAAAGCUAGAAGAUGCCUUGCGAAAUAUGGAGGGCAUGCAGCCUUUCGAGUUUGCAUUGAGUGUACGGAUCCAGGUAUCCCCUAGCAGCAGUGCGCAGUAGUGCUUGGUCCCAUGCAUGAUGCAGCUAGACUGAAACGUUUGGGGCAGGAAGCUGUACAUGCAGGCGACAAGCUGGCAAGAGGCGCCCGGCCG